ACGAUCGUUCCAUUGAAGCCCUAGCUCCAACUUUCCCCCGCGCACCAGAACAGAACCUUCCAGAUUCUCCUCUCUUUCGCUUUAUUUUCCAAUUCUUCAAUUCUGCGGGGUAACCUUCUUCUAGGGUUUAUCUCUCCAUUCCUUGCUCAAUUCCACUUCACAUCACUCAAUUCCUCCGAGAGAAUACCUUUUUUGGUCGCUUUACUGCUUCCGUUUCCUAGAGCAACCAUCGGCCUCCGGACGCUUGGAGGGUUGGACUGCACAGAGUUGAAUUUCUAGUGUUUUUUGAGUAAAAAGGGAUACAAGUCAAUGGAUGACUGGGAGGAUGAAAACAUAACCCCACUCCAGAAGGAGCAGCCAAAGAAUAAAUGGGAUGAUGAGGAUGUGGAUGACGAUGAUGUGAAGGAAUCUUGGGAGGAUGAUGAUGAACCUGCACCGGCUCCAGUAGUUAAACCUCCACCAGAAGCCGCCCCAAAGAAACCUGCCGCAAAAACUAUUGAAAAAAAAGGAAAAACUGCCGAGGUGGAACCUGAACAGCCUCUAGAUCCAUUAGCCGAGAAACUUCGCCAACAAAGGUUAGUGGAAGAAGCAGAUUAUAAGUCCACUACCGAUUUGUUUAAAAAGAGUGGUGAUGAGAAGACUCUUGAUAAUUUCAUUCCAAAAUCAGAUAGUGACUUCUUGGAAUAUGCAGAGCUGAUCUCUCAUAAACUUCGCCCCUAUGAGAAAAGUUUCCAUUAUAUUAAUCUGCUCAAAGAUGUCAUUAGACUGUCGAUGACCUCUUUGAAAGCAGCGGAUGCGAAAGAAGUUGCCUCUUCUGUCACUGCACUUGCCAAUGAAAAACUAAAGGCGGAGAAGGAUACCAGUAAAAAGAAAACGGCUGUGAAGAAGAAGCAGCUCCAUGUUGAAAAGGCAGUUGAUGACAUGAUUGUCAAUUCAUUUGAUGAUAUCGACGAGUACGACUUCAUGUAAUUGUCCCAUUUCAGCAUUCUAGCCCGAGCGUCAUCAGUUUUUGUCCUGCGAAUGGAGGUCAGAUUCUUCGGCGGCAUAUUUCUCCCCUUUAAUACAACAAUAGAUUGGUUCCCGAGUGUCGUGUCUAAAUAAGGUUAAUGUAUUAGACUUGUGUAUGACAUAUCAUUAUAAAUUUUGCUCUUUUAUUUUCUUUUUAUUUUUUCUUUUUAUUUUUUUUUUGUUUGAUAGAGAUUGUUCAAAUCGUCUUUGAGAAUGUACAAGAAUGCGUAGUCAUUUCAAACUCAGAUUGUCAAAUUUUGUAUGUUGUGACGAUGCUUCCUUUUACCUGAAUUACAUUUUCUUGCAAAAGGUUGUAAAAUUUAA